UACAACAGAGCUCCGAGUUUUUGUAUCCUCCUCGUCAUUUGGUCGUGUCUGGAGACUAAAACCGGCGAACAAGCUUUAGAAAUUUAAUUUCCAAAAAUAAAGAAAACACAUAAAGAAGAAGAAGAAGAUAGUGAGAGAAAAUGUCGUUUACAGGAACGUUGGAUAAAUGCAAGGCCUGUGACAAGACCGUGUAUGUUAUGGAUCUUUUGACAUUAGAGGGUAAUACUUAUCACAAAUCAUGUUUCAAAUGCACCCAUUGCAAAGGCACUCUCGUGAUAAGCAAUUACUCAUCAAUGGAUGGAGUUCUUUACUGUAAGCCACACUUCGAACAGCUUUUCAAAGAAUCUGGCAACUACAGCAAGAACUUUCAGAAUGGAAAGACCGAGAAGCCCAAUGAUCAUCUGACUCGAACUCCGAGCAAGUUAUCAUCCUUCUUCAGUGGAACACAAGACAAGUGUGCCACUUGUAAGAAAACGGUCUACCCACUUGAGAAAGUAACUAUGGAAGGUGAAUGUUACCACAAGAAUUGCUUCAGGUGCACACACAGUGGUUGUCCUUUGACUCACUCUUCUUACGCUUCUCUCAACGGCGUCCUCUACUGUAAAGUCCAUUUCAAUCAGCUCUUUCUCGAGAAAGGAAGUUACAAUCACGUCCACCAAGCUGCUGCUAACCACCGCCGAUCAGCCUCUUCUGGUGGCGCUUCUCCGCCUUCCGAUGAUCAAAAACCUAGCGACAGUGCUUCAAUUCCCGAGGGAAAAGAUGAAGAAGCAGUCCCUGAAGCUGCAGGAGAAGAGCCUGAGCCCGUGGCUGAGUCUUGAAUGUGGUGGAGGAACGAUCUUAUCAGUUCUUAAGUUUCAAGUUUUAUAUGCUUUUAUGUUUGAAUGAUUAUUAUGUAUACAAAACUG